UAUUUCUAUAACCGGGACACCAUGGCAACACAAGAAAAGAGAGGAAGGCGAGACGGGACAAUGGAGAGUGAUGACGGUUUGGUGUGGUUUGGUGAGGAGCAAUACUGUUCAAAAUGCAAAGUCCUCGAGCAGCGAGUGAGAGAGCUGGAGGAAGAUCGGCAGUGGUUAAGAGGCCUGCUGGACACUAUGAGGCGACAGCUGGAUACGUUCAGUGAUAUGAGAACUAUGCUGGCUGAGCUGGUGACCAUCCAUCGUCAGCAUUUGCCAGUAAACAGCCCACCAAUAGUCAUCAGCCCUCCACCCACGGACACCAGCCCACCACCCACCGACACCAGCCCACCACCUGCCAAAGUCAAACCACAACGCACCACCCGCAGCCCGCGACCCACCACCAGCAGCCCGCCAGCCACCGCCGGCCAACCAGCCAAUGAAGACGAGGAAAAUGAGGAAGUUGUCAUUGGAGGAACCCUCAGAGUAAACAAAUUAAGACUGCAAAGAUGCAACCACGUAUUCCCAACCAAGCUAGUGUGCGACCUGCUCGAAGUGGUCUUUACAAGAAGAGAGCUGGCCACCUCGUCCCUGACAGGACAGAAGGGCAGUGCCAAAGAGGAAAUAAAGCCACCGCUGGAGCCUACUGCGCUCAAAGCUAUCUAUGAAUACACUUUGAACGAAUUUCCCAAUGCGGACAUAUCGGUCCUAAGAGGAGCAGUCAGGAAUAAGCUCAACAAUGUCAGCAAGGUGUUUAAGAGAACGCAAAUGGCCAGGAAAGGGCUUAAACAUGGAGGAGCAGAGGAGGACAAGGGGGCGGCCCAAAAAGAACAGGCAGGGUACGGAGAUGCCAAACGGGGAUCUGGAACUUAG